AUGCCCCUCCCGGAGUCCAACCCCUCCAUCCACGAUGAUUUCCUCCUUCCGAUGACUCCUCCAGAUCCCUCCGAAGUCCCGCUAAUGGGAUCCAAGGACACUGCGCCCGUGGCUUCAGCCCUGCAGGUUAUCGCGGCGGAGCGCGCCGCUCUGGCGCAUCUGGAGCACAUCUACCAAACCGAUCCGUUGGCUCAAGAUAACCUCGCGCGCGCGGUGGCUCAGAUCGUGCACACCAUCAAGCAUGGCGGAAAAUUGGUCUGCUGCGGUGUCGGCAAGAGUGGCAAGAUUGCUCAGAAGCUGGAAGCCACCAUGAACAGCAUGGGGAUCUACAGUGCCUUUUUGCAUCCCACGGAAGCCUUGCACGGCGACCUGGGCAUGAUACGACCGCAUGAUACACUAUUGUUAAUAUCUUUCUCGGGCCGCACACCGGAGCUUCUGCUCAUGCUCCCUCACAUUCCUUCAACCGUCACGGUUAUCGCCAUUACUUCUCAUAUGGUCUCGUCAACUUGCCCUCUGCUUUCUUUCCACCCCUCGAACAUGGGGAUCCUUUUACCAGCACCGAUCCACGAGGAUGAAGAGACCUCGAUCGGCGUGUGUGCCCCGACCUCGUCCACCACGGUAGCCUUAUCGCUGGGAGAUGCAUUGGCUAUCGCUACGGCUCGGCGGCUACAUACAGCUCCUGGCAGAGGCCCAGCGGAGAUUUUCAAGGGCUUCCAUCCUGGCGGGGCUAUCGGCGCUGCGUCCAUGGCUUUGACGCCUAUGAGCAUGUCAUCCGCAUCAAGUUCUGCCGCCCCAUCAGACUAUAUUCCAGCCCAACAGACCACGAACUCAUUCCCGCAGCCAGACGGCAAACCCAACCAGCGGCCACUUGUCCGUGACAUGCUCGUGUCACUCGAUCAGAUUCCGAGGGUGUCUGCCUCGGGUAAAGUCCGCCUUCUGGACAUUCUCCUCACUGCUAUCCAGCACCCCAACGCCAAGUCAUGGGUUCAUCUCUCACCGUCCGAAAUCGUGCCCCCACGGCAUCUCCGCUUCGUCUCCCAGAGCAACUAUGUAGAUAUGCACGUUUCUGCCUUCACUGAACUGGGUCUCCCUUUCGGGGUCUCCCGCAAGGACUGGUUCCGCCUUACCAGCUCGAGCACCAUCGAUGAUGCGCGCCGGCUGGUCUCCGAGGCCGGUGCAUCCUCAGGCACCCCCGUGACCGUGGUAGCCGUCAUGGACAACACCAACCCCGACCACUGUCUCGGGGUCAUAGAAGCUGAGGAUCUAUGGAAUGAUUGUGAUGACUAA